AUUUGUUGUAACAUUAUUACAUCUUCAUUGCGCAAAAACAAUUUAAGUUUUUAAUAAUCGAUGAUCUUUUUUCCAUCAAACCGUGAAAAAGUCCCGAGACGCUAAGGAAGAAGCAAGAGUUGUGAUUUGAUAAGAAUGUACAGAUUAGGACUGACAAAAAAAGUUCACUUAGCAGCGGUGGGUAUUCAAUCUCGCAGAAGCAGCAGAGAGAAGGUAUAAAGUUAUAUUAAGAUCAGCACAGCCAUUUCGUCGGAUUUUAUGCGGGUUAUAAUGCGAAGCAUUCUUUCUCUCUGGGGUUUUAAGUUUCCUCUUCUCUUCACAAACAAUAUUCCAUUUAUUUCAUUUUUUCUUUUUCUUUCUAUUAAAAAAUAACCUUCAACUACUGAAUUGCAAUUAUAUAUCUAUUACCCCCCAAAAGGAUACCCACCACAGCUAUAAUGCCGCCUUUUAUCUGUCCAACAUUUGAAGAGAUCGAAGCUAAAGAAUGGGCUGCAAAGACUGUAAAGAAUAUUUUGACAGAAGUCUCACCUGUAUCAUUAGAAUCCGAUCUAUUUCUUGGUUACAAUUACAACAACGACAACAUGACCACAGCGCCAGCAACAGAAGCAGAAGCAGAAGCAGCAAUAGCAGCAGGAACGAAGAAAGCGACUAUCCUACCAGUCUCGGCAGAGGAAGAAGAAGAGGACCGUAAAAAUAAUUUACGUCGUUCUUUUUCGUUAUUGGAAGGAAGUCUCUUCAGCCUACAGCAUCCACUUUCAAAGGAAAUAAGAAACUCUCGACGAGCAUUGAGUACUAUUGUACCAAGCACAGCUGAGUCAAGGUCUUCUUCAACAAAGUCAGCUCCAACCACUCCCGCUCAAAGAUUUUCUAUAAAUCCUCGUAGUAACACCACCACCAUUGCUACUUCGUCAAAGCAUCUGUUUGAUAACAAUGCUAUUUAUAUCUUGCGAACGUUUGAACUUCACAAGAAAUCAAAUAAGGAGCGAAAGGGUGUCUUGGCUUGGCGAAGCAAGUACACUGAAUAUGUGAUAAACCCACCUCACCAUUUACAGCUCAAGCCAAAGCCUUACUCAAGGAAAUCAAUGCAACUAUUCAAGUUUAUCAUGGCCGAACUAUUAACGACCGAAGAGACUUACUUGAAUCACUUAACGACGAUCAAGAAUUUCUAUAUGGACCCUUUAAUUGAAGCAGCUAGCCCUACUACGACCUCCGCAACUACUGUUAUACAUCUUCACCAACAAAAACCAUUGGUCAAUUUGAAAGAUGUGGAGAUUAUUUUUGCAUUCAUACCUCAAUUAAUUGUCUUAUCAACUGUCCUUGUCCACAGAUUGCAUGAAUGCAUCACUAAUUACUUAGAAGAUGAUAGAAACUUAAAUGACGUGUGCAUUGGAAAGAUAAUGUGUGAAUUUGAGUCCUAUUUUAGCAUCUAUAUAUCCUAUUCAGUCAAUUUCACAAAAUCUAGAAAGCACUUGGCCAAAGCAAGUUCGAAUAUUGUCUAUCGGCAGCUAGUUCAGAAGGAGACAAAUAGGAUGGUUCUUGCUGAUUAUAUGAUAGCUCCUAUUCAAAGGAUCACGCGAUACGGCUUACUUUUGACAGAUCUACAAAAACAUUCAAGUACGAAACAUCCUGAUUAUCCUUAUUUGGACAGAGCACGUAAAUGUAUGUCUGCACUUGCAUACGCGAUGAACACAAUUCAACGAUAACUACUUCACUUAGACCCCUCAUUUCUGUAUAUAAGCCAAUCAUUUCGAUAUCCAUCCUCUGUACAUAUUAUAACUCACAUUCGCUACAAUCAUGAAAUUAUAUUAUCACCGUUC